UUUACCAACAACUUCUUCUUCUUCUUCUUCUCCUUCUUUCAACAAGGGAUUUUAGGGUUUUGGAUUCUCCGCAUUGUACGCCACUCUCUUCAAUACACCUUGGUUAGUGAUGAUGAGUGUCGAAUCUUGAAGUUUCAGGAGAAAGGUUUAGGAUUGUUUUGAUCUGUUUUAGAAUAUGGGGGAGACUAGGAGGCAUUCUGUGGAUGUUCCCAUUACAAGAACUCUUGUUGCUCUUAGAAGGGUUAGGUCACUGAGAGAUCCAUGUACCACUUCUAUGAGCAAGUUUGCUUCUUUGCUUGACAAUGUCAAAUGGGAAACUGGUUCCAACAAUGGGAUCUCACUUCAGUUUGUGGAACAUGGUGAUGAUGCUUGUAAGGCUGCUGCUGAUGCUCCUGUGGGUUUGAUUCCUUUUGGUUCAUACUCGAUAAUGGAGGAGCUAGAGAGUGGUUGUGAUCUUCACAAGUUGAGUAGCAAGGUGCUAAAUGUUGAAGGAGACGCCUGCUCAAGGAGUAGUCAAAGAUCUUGCGCUGAUUUAUCGGUUAAAGGUAGGGAGUUAGCUUGUAAUGUGCCUUCUAUUAGUCAUGUUGAGGAGGCUGCUUCAGGGGGAAGAUAUAGAACUACUCAUUAUUCCACUAAGUUAGCUAGCUCAGUUGGUGAAUAUGGAAGCCGUUUAGGUAGUCCGGUGACCUCAACAAAUCAUAGUUAUUAUGGAGAUGAAGAUGUUGAUUUUGAUAGUCAAUCUAACCGUGGUUGCGGUAUAACUUAUUGCUGGUCAAGAACGCCGAGGUACAGAGGAUCAAACCAAUCCUCAGAUGUAGAAGAGUAUCCUUUAUUGCCUGGAAAUGGAAAUGGUGAGAGUGAUGUGGUGACACCGAGUCACGAAGUGUUGUCGAGGAGUCUGAGUCAGAAAUUCAGGCCGAAAUCUUUCGAUGAGUUAGUUGGGCAAGAAGUCGUGGUCAAAUGUCUCUUGAGCACCAUAUUAAGAGGAAGGAUUACUUCUGUGUACCUUUUUCACGGUCCUCGUGGGACUGGUAAAACAUCAACGUCUAAGAUAUUUGCUGCUGCUUUAAACUGCCUUUCACAGGCUGCACAUAGUAGACCAUGUGGCUUGUGCAGUGAAUGCAAAUCAUACUUCUCGGGAAGAGGCAGGGACGUAAUGGAAACGGAUUCGGGUAAACUAAACCGGCCUAGCUACCUCAGAUCUCUCAUCAAGAAUGCAUCUCUUCCUCCAGUUUCAUCUAGAUUUAAGGUUUUUAUAAUCGACGAGUGUCAGUUAUUAUGUCAAGAAACUUGGGGUACUCUCUUGAACAGUUUGGACAAUUUCUCUCAGCAUUCGGUUUUUAUACUGGUUACAUCAGAGCUAGAGAAGCUACCGCGUAACGUGCUCUCACGUUCUCAGAAAUAUCAUUUCUCUAAAGUAUGCGAUGUGGAUAUAUCAACUAAGCUGGCAAAGAUUUGUGUUGAAGAAGGUAUUGAUUUUGAUCAAGGAGCAGUUGAUUUCAUUGCUUCUAAAUCUGAUGGUUCACUUCGGGAUGCUGAGAUAAUGCUUGAUCAGUUAAGUUUGCUCGGUAAAAGAAUAACGACUUAUUUGGCCUACAAGCUUAUUGGGGUUGUUUCUGAUGAUGAAUUGCUUGAUCUGCUUGAUCUUGCCCUGUCUUCUGAUACUUCAAACACGGUUAUAAGGGCGAGGGAACUUAUGAGAUCCAAAAUAGAUCCAAUGCAGCUUAUUUCUCAGCUAGCUAAUGUCAUUAUGGACAUCAUUGCUGGAAACUCUCAAGAAAGUAGUUCAGCAACUAGACUCCGGUUUCUUACAAGGCAUACAUCUGAAGAAGAAAUGCAGAAAUUGAGAAAUGCAUUGAAGAUACUAUCUGAUGCUGAGAAACACUUGAGGGCAUCGAAAAACCAGACAACCUGGCUCACUGUGGCACUUUUGCAACUUAGCAACACCGACUCAUCUUCUUUUGCAACAGAUGAAAAUGGAAGAAACCAAAUAAGCAAAGACGUUGAGCUCUCCAGCACAUCAUCAGAUUUUCCUGGUGAUGUUAUUAAAUCAGAAACCGAGGAGCGUCAAGAGAAAAACUGUAAUGAAACAGCUGAAACUGUGUGGAAAACGGUUACAGAUUUGUGCUGUUCUGAUUCACUAAAGAGGUUUCUGUGGAAACGAGGAAGGUUGACUUCACUUACUGUUGACAAAGGUGUGGCAAUAGCUGAAUUGGAAUUCUACACACCUCAACAUGUAGCAAGAGCCGAGAAAUCAUGGAAAUUGAUUGCAGACUCGUUCCAAUCGGUGUUAGGAUGCAACGUUGAGAUCCGAAUGAAUCUUGUUAUCUCUGCGUGUUCUCCACCAAAGAGUGCUAAAGCAGCAGCAAGUCUUUUCUUUGGACUUUUCAGUUGCUCUCGUAGAAUGCUUCACAAAUCGUAUUUGACAACAAGAACAGACUCUGAUUGCGCAUCUGAAAAGCCUGCAGUUACAAAUUCUCUGAGAAGUUGCCAAGGAAAUGUCUUGAGGGCUAGAAGUGUUCGUUCUUCAGCCAAUGCAUCGUCGCGAAUGAGCUGUUCCAGUGAUCAAGGCGAUGCAAAUUCUGCUAUGUGUACUCCACACAUGCCUCCGGGUGAAAAAAGGCCAGAAGAUGACACUGAUGUGUUGUGUUGGAAGAGGACUCCCAUAGGCAAGGGUCAGGGGGAGACACAGAACAGCAAGAGCUCACGGCUUAUUGGCCGAGUCCUUCCCUGCAGCAGCACUGCAGCUGCUAAUUAAGGGAUCUUGAAUGAUGAGGGCGUUCCCAUUUUGUGGAACCAAUAGGUUUUAGCAAAUCCAUUGAGACCUGCCUGUUUAGGUCAAUGGGACACAAAAAUGUACAGUUGCAAAAUGUGUUUCGAGACCAUAUUUUAGAUUAGCAUAUAUACUAAUCAAUCAUUUUAACAGAC